CACAAGAAGUACUUGGUUCGCAGUUUUUUACUCAUCAUAAUUUUACUCGUGUUUUUGUUAAUAUUAAUUAUAUACAUCAAUGGGGAUUUAAGAGAAGAAAAUAAAUUAAUGCAAAUUGUUUUGGAUAGAAGAGAAGUGCCCGAUGAUAAGGAUAUAGUCAAUGCGGUUGAUAAGGAACUUCCAGCACUGGCACUUAAUUUUUUGUACGCAAGUCGAUUUAAAAGUUGGAACAAGACAUGUGCUCCGUAUCCUACAUUAUUUAAUAUAAAAUUCAGAAAUGUGUAUUAUCAAGAUUUUGAAAAUAAAAAUGUUAGUUUUGCUUUAUAUGGUGCAUAUUAUGACAAUCGAACGGAUGUGUCAGGCGCACCAUUGAUACGCGUGCUAAGUAUGGUGAAUCAAAUAGACGAAAAGUUUCCGAAGAGUUAUUGUCAGUUGUGGUAUGAAAAUAAAACCCAGCCAGUAAUAAUACCAAUAGUUGAAUAUAAGACCAUUUGGUAUAAAAAGUGGGGCAAUUCAGCUAGAAGUGUUUAUCCAUAUUUACUAAGUUGUAUUAUACCUGAAGAGAAUAUGAAUGAUAUACCAAUAACUGUGUCUUUGGUGAAAGAAGAGUGUGACAGAGCAACAAAUAAUUUAAAAAUAAGUUAUGAAUUACCAGAAAAACCAAAAACAAAAAGUGGUUUUGCCGUUUGUGUUAAAGCAUUAAUGUAUCCUUUCGAGGACUUAUCAGCACGUAUUGUUGAAUGGCUGGAACUGUUGCGUUUGCUUGGUGCAGAUAAAAUUAUUAUGUAUAAAUAUAAAACACAUAAAAAUGUUACAAAAGUUUUGGAUUACUAUCAGAGUACAGGCUUCAUAGAUGUACGGCCACAUACAUUUGCAAGAGGCGAACCCAACUUGUCGAAUUUACAGAGUUUUUUGAUCAAAAGUGAUAGACUUAAUAAGCGUCUUAACGAAUUGGUGACAUAUAACGAUUGUUUCUACAGAAAUAUGUACAAAUACAAAUACAUAGCACUCAUUGAUGUAGAUGAGGUGAUUAUGCCACUUGGUAAUUGGACCAAUUGGUAUGAUAUAAUAAAAUUCGGGGAACAACUUACAGAUGCCGAUGCGAAGUGUUCAACUAAUGCAGGAUAUUGUUUUCAGAAUGUUUACUUUCCAAAAUAUGCAGAAGAGCCGCCUUAUUAUAACGAUCUUCCAAGUUACUUUUAUAUGUUGCAACACGUAAAAAGGGUGGAAAAACAUUUGAGAAGAGGGAUGGCCACAAAAUGUCUACACAACACGGAAUAUGCAUUAAGUUUGCAUAACCACUACAGUUUGAGCUGGGUGGGUUGUGGUGCGAAAGAUAUAAAUUCCACUUAUGUGCAAAUGCAGCAUUACCGGGAACCAGACGAUAAAGAUACGCUGGAACAGCCUGUAAUAGAUGCAAAUAUUAUGCGAUUUAAGGAUCAAAUAUUGGAUCGCUCAGUGAAAGUUUUUCGUAAACUGGGUUUUAUAAAAAGUUGAUAAUUAAAUCAAUAAGAAUAGUGGAUAAAAGUAGGUACCUAUAUUUCAAAA